AUGGAACAGGAAAAGAAAGCUACAAAGCUUAACAAGCUAAUCGUCGAAGAACCUUUUAACGAUGAUAACAGCAUUAUAUCUAUGCACCCGGAGCGCAUGGAGGAGCUGAACAUUUUCCGCGGUGAUACAGUCCUUGUGAAAGGCAAAAAACGCCGCUCCUCUAUUUUUGUUGCCAUGGAGGACAGUGAAUGUGCGGUUGGUAAGAUCAAAAUGAACAAAGUCGCACGACGGAACAUUCGAGUUCACCUCGGCGACUCGAUACGCAUCUCGCCAGCCAAGGACGUUCCAUAUGGCAAUCGCAUUCACGUGCUCCCCUUUGAUGAUACUGUACAGAACCUUUCGGGGGAUUUUUUUGAGAAUUUCCUGAAGCCCUACUUUCUAGAUGCGUACCGACCGGUUAAGAAAGGGGACUGCUUUAUUUGUCGUGGUGCGAUGCGCGCGGUGGAGUUCAAAGUCGUGGAGGUAGACCCGGGCGAGUACUGCAUCGUCUCGCCGGAGACCAUUAUUCAUACCGAAGGGGAGCCUCUUCGGCGCGAAGAUGAGGAAGCCCUUGAUGGUGUCGGGUACGACAAUAUCGGUGGCUGCCGCAAGCAGCUUGCGCAGAUCCGCGAGAUGGUGGAGUUGCCGAUUCGCCACCCGGAACUGUUCAAAAAUAUCGGCAUCAAGCCUCCACGCGGCAUUCUUUUGUAUGGGCCACCCGGCAGCGGCAAGACCCUGAUUGCUCGAGCGGUUGCCAAUGAAACCGGUGCCUUCUUUUUCCUAAUCAACGGACCUGAGAUUAUGAGCAAGAUGGCCGGCGAGUCUGAGAGCAACCUGCGAAAAGCAUUUGAAGAGGCCGAGAAGAACUCGCCGGCGAUCGUCUUCAUUGACGAGAUCGACUCCAUUGCGCCCAAACGGGAUAAGGCCCAAGGCGAGGUCGAAAAGCGCAUCGUCUCCCAGCUCCUGACGCUGAUGGACGGGAUGAAGAGUCGUUCGCAGGUGAUCGUUAUGGCCGCCACGAACCGCCCGCAGAGCAUCGACCCCGCGCUCCGCCGCUUCGGUCGCUUUGACCGCGAGCUCGACAUCGGGGUCCCGGAUGAGAUCGGCCGGCUCGAGAUCGUCAGCAUCCACACCAAAAACAUGAAGCUCGACCCAGCGGUGGAUUUGGAGAAGAUCGCCAAGGACGCGCAUGGCUUUGUCGGGGCAGACCUGGCCCAGCUCUGCACGGAGUCCGCCAUGCAGUGCAUUCGCGAGAAGAUGUCCGUGAUCGACUGGGAGGACGACACGAUCGAUGCCGAGGUGAUGAACGCGAUGUGCGUGACACAAGAGCACUUUCGCGAGGCCAUGUCACGGACGAACCCCUCGGCCCUGCGCGAGACACAGGUGGAGACGCCAAACGUGACCUGGCACGACGUCGGCGGUCUCAUCGAGGUCAAACGGGAGUUGCAGGAGCUGGUGCAGUACCCGGUCGAGUACCCGUGGAAGUUCGAGAAGUACGGGGUCUCCGCCCCCAAAGGGGUCCUCUUCUACGGCCCUCCUGGAUGUGGAAAGACGCUGCUGGCGAAGGCAAUCGCGACGGAAUGCCAGGCGAACUUCAUCUCUAUCAAGGGCCCUGAGUUGCUCACAAUGUGGUUUGGCGAAUCCGAGGCGAAUGUGCGCGACGUCUUCGACAAGGCACGGAACGCGGCUCCAUGUGUUCUUUUCUUUGACGAGCUGGAUUCGGUAGCCAAGGCCCGUGGGGGGCACGGCGAUGGUGGUGCUAGCGACCGCGUUAUCAAUCAGAUCCUGACAGAGAUGGACGGCAUGAAUGUGAAAAAGAAUGUAUUUAUUAUUGGCGCGACCAACAGGCCGGAUGUGCUGGACCCCGCCAUCAUUCGGCCCGGCCGGCUUGAUCAACUUAUUUACAUACCACUACCUGACAAAGCGUCUCGUGUGGCUAUAAUUCGCGCGAACUUCCGCAAAUCCCCGCUGGCGGGGGAUGUUGAUAUUGAUCAAAUAGCUGCCGCUACGCACGGCUUCUCUGGGGCUGACCUCGCCGGUAUUUGUCAACGUGCCUGCAAGAUGGCAAUUCGCGAGUCCAUCGCGAAAGAAAUCCAAUUGGAGGAACUUCUCAAGGCGGGGGCAAUCUCGAGUACCGAAGAUAUUGACCCGGUUCCCGAGAUUACGCGAGCUCACGUCGAGGAGGCCAUGCGCGGGGCACGGCGCUCUGUGAGUGAUGCGGACAUCCGCCGCUAUGACAUGUUCAAGACCUCUUUGAGACAAUCUCGCGCUUUUGGCGGGGACGGCAUCAGUCUGGGUGAGGGAAAUAGAACAAAUCGAGAUGCCGGUGGAGGUGCCUCACCUGAUGGCGCCAACGCUAACCCAAAUGUUGGAGAAGACGAUGACCUAUACACCUAA